GUAAUACAGAAGAAGCGGGGCUAGGUCUUAAGUUUUUCUCAUGCAUCAUUAGAUGAUUCAUAUCAGCGUCAAGAUGUCGGGACGUUCAGGCCGUGCUGAGACCCGGAGUCGCGCUAAGGAUGACAUUAAAAAGGUCCUGGCCGCAAUUGAGAAAGUGCGCAAAUGGGAGAAGAAAUGGGUGACAGUCGGAGACACGUCCUUGCGCAUAUUCAAGUGGGUGCCAGUGACCGAAACAAAACAGAUCUAUCGUACCAAAUGUACUGGUGGAGAAGCCAGAGGAUUAAAAGACGUGGUCCUUGAAAACACGAACUCUUUGCCAGAUUUGACUGAUGAAAACAGCAACCAGAGUUUUCUGUCUGAUGUUUACCACCCUAAGCUGGAUAACAGCAGCAGCAACUCAAGCUCACAGCAGGUCAGCCCUCCGCAUACUAGCCUCCGAACUGAAGACUCACAACCACCAAUGCUCGGUCAGGAAAGUGUGGAUGAGCCAAUUCACCCUGGACAGGAGAGAGCAGAUGAGCCUCCAACUCUGAUCAAGGAGGAUCUUUUGUCAUCAGGGAGCACCAGACGGAACGCAAUACACACGCAGGAAGAAUCGGACGAAUCAGGAGCACCUCCUUUAAAGAAGAUUUGCACAGGAGAAAAUGCUGUGUCAAGAUAGUUUACUUUGUAAAUAUGCACACAAAACCUAUCCAGUUAUUUUAACUUCAGAUCAGUGUUCAUUCAGGAUUCAAGUCUCUGUUGUCUGGUUCACAUAAACUCACCUUGCACUUCAUUUGAUACGUCUGCAAAAGCUAUUCUGUGCUUCAUUCAGUCUACAGUUAGUAGGAUAGAACAAGAUAUAAAUUUCUUUGUCAUUUAAAAUAUUUAAAAGUUUGACAGCGCAGUGUGCUUUUCCUAUAUAUUUUUUUGUAAAUUGAAUAUACCCACUCAAUGAAUGUGCAGUUGUGAGGGUGAAUUGUUAUCUGUUUCUAUAUCUGUCCUGUUACUGAUUACUGACAUAUUCAGGGUGUUGUCUUGUUAAUCUUUGCCCUGAAGUAAUCUUGGAUCGGUUCCAGCACUUGGCAGAAACCCUGAGCAGGAUAAGCGAUGCUGAAAAUGGGCGGAUGGCUGAUACACACAGGACACAUUUUCUUUAAACUGUGCACUUGUUGCAUGCACACAGAGCACAUCCAAUGAUAUGCACAAAUUGUACUAGAAUGCAAGUAUAGGACACUGUCACAACAUCUCAGUGCUCAAUUUGGGCUAGCAUGUCUCCAUCAAAUUCUCCUAAUCUCCAUAGUUUUUGGUCCACAGUGGGAUUGAAAAAUUUUAUGAUUUACGUCUGGUGCUGUUGACCUGAGCAAUGUUCAUAGACGGUAUACAGAGAAAGGAAUAUAUUUGAAAUGGUUUGAUUAAAAACGAAAUUGUGAUCAUGAUAUGUUCGAUUGUAUUUUAGAUAUUUAAGGACCAGUGGCUGCGCGCAUUGUUGACGUAAAUCGAACAUGCCCAAGUUGAAAUACUACAAAACACGGACACAUGAUAGAACUCCCAUUCAGUGGGGGAGUUGCACAAAAUCAUCUUUGUCAAGUCAUACAUCCGUUUGUUCAUUUACUAUAACAUAAUUCCAAUGUCAGUCAGAGAGAGGAUAAUAUCUUUCCAUGGCUUAAAUAUGAACGUAAGGACAGUCCAGUAAGCCUUUGCAGUGGGAAAAGAUGCUAAGCUAUCCACUAUAAAAAAAAUACAGAAUUUUAAAGCGCAGUGUUAUUAUUGUAGUUUGCAGCAUGUUGAGCAGAAUUUCGUUAUUUAAAAAAAGGCAAUAGAGGUAAGAACAAGGAGAACAAGUAUUUGAUACACUGCCAAUGGGUUUUCCCAUUGUCCCCACUGUAUUUGGUAAUCUUAGCAACUAUGAAACAAGUAAGAGUGCUAUUUUACAUAACAAAUUACAACAAUAUUCUAAUUUCCUGAGACAGUCAGGAAAUUAGAAUAUUGUGUAUUCUAAUUUCCUGAGACAGUCCUGUAUAUAUACACAGGACUGUCUCAAAAAAUUAGAAUAUUGUGUAUUCUAAUUUCCUGAGACAGUCCAGUAUGUGGCACCAUAAAAAAAUAAGAUUUUUUUUUUUUUUUUUUGUGAAGGUAAAUUUGGUGACUAGCCGGUGAUUGUGCAGCACCAAAUAUUGUGGUCGUUGAGGAUACAUAGCACAGCAUUGGUACACAUUAAUAUUACACAAGUUACAAAUCAACAUUACCUGCGAAACUUUAAGCUUGUUGACUUAUUUUUUAACUAUAAUGGUAUUCAGAUAUUGUAAAUGACAUUUUUGGGAAACUACCUAUGCGUCUUUAUGCUGAUCAACUUUGCCUUUGCAUCUCUGUGCUUUUGUUGUUUUUAGUUACAGUACACAAUUGCAGAGUAAUGCUUUUAGACAGUUGUAAUAACGUUGGUGAGAGCUUGUUUUUGGCUGAACACACCCACAAAAAUGCAUUGUAAAAAUAUUUACUGUAAAAUUUAAGCUCGUUUAUAACAUGCUUUGUUAGGCAUAACAUUCAUUUCAAUCUAAUUUGAAUUUGUUCAUACUGUGAGCUGAUUACAUCAUUAAAUGUGAUUCAAAGACUU